CAUUUUUUGGCAUGCGCGUUCGGGGAUGCUAUUGAUAUCGUGCUCAUGAGUGUUUUGUUAAAAUACAGUGUAGUGCUAAAAGUUUUGUGAAACUUUUUGUUUGUCAUUUGCGAUUAUUUGAAAUUAACAAAUUUGAAGUGAUUUGUGUUUUAAAUACAUCAAGAUGAAUAAAACUUGUGCACGGUGCGAAAAAACAGUUUAUCCUACAGAGGAAUUGAAAUGUUUGGACAAGGUGUGGCACAAAGGCUGCUUCAAGUGCCAGGAGUGUGGCAUGACGCUCAACAUGAGGACCUAUAAAGGUUACGGGAAACUGCCGUAUUGCGAAGCGCACGUGCCGAAAGCGAAACCGACCACAAUGGCGGAGACACCGGAGCUCAAGAGGAUAGCAGAGAACACGAAAAUACAGAGCAAUGUCAAAUAUCACGCCGACUUCGAGAAAAGCAAGGGCAAGUUUACACAGGUAGCAGACGACCCCGAGACGCUUAGAAUCAAAGCGAAUACAAAAAUCAUAAGCAACGUCGCAUAUCACGGAGAUUUAGAAAAGAAAGCGCAGAUGGAGAGACAGAGACAGAUGAAUGAGAAUGGAGAGAUUGUCGACGUUGCUACGAACGACAAUUACCAGCAUCAAAUCGACACGUACGCGACGGAAAUGUUAUCAAACGCACCGAACCUACCGCCCAAGAACCAUUACCAAACACCGGUGGCGCCGGUGCAAACACAGCAAUACACAUACAGACAAGAGGACUAUUAUAAUUAUCCGAAAUACGACGAUUACGCGUCGCAAUCCGUGCAGAAUUAUCAAAAGAUUGGUAGGAUCCAGGAUUACGAUCCGCUGAGCGAUGGGCCGAGGGCUCCGCCGAAUACGCAAAGGGCGUCGUCUACCCUGAUUUAUACGAGCGCUAACGAGAAACGAGGUGCUCAACAAGUCCAGCAGCAACAGUCACGCCACAUCGGCCGAGUGACAGACCUCGACCCCUUGGCCAACGAGCCCCAACAGCCACCACAACAAUACCACUCACAUCACCAGCAACAACAUCAGCAGCAACAACAGCAACAACAUCAACAUCUACAGCAACAACAUUUACAACAACAACAUCUACAGCAACAACAUUUACAACAACAGCAUUUACAGCAACAGCAGCAUCAACAGCACCAACAACCGAGACCCGCCGCUAAUCAUCACAAUCAGCGAGUCUAUAUUGCGAUGUACGACUAUGAAGCGAACGACAGCGAUGAAGUAUCAUUCCGCGAAGGUGACCUUAUAUCCAACGUGACAUCCAUUGACGAAGGCUGGAUGACCGGCCAAGUGUUGCGAACCGGCCGCACUGGGAUGUUGCCCGCGAAUUACGUCGAACUCACCAAUGACCACUAUCCUAAUUAAUUGUAACAGUCGGUUAUGCCACAUUUAAUGACGGUUAUAUGAGGUUAUGAUGCAAUAAGUUGGUUAUAGUUGGUUACGCCACAUUUAAAUGCGUUUAUAUGUAGUUUUGCCAUAUUUAAUUAUGACACAUUCAUGUAAUAUGAUAAAAUCUAAAGCCACUUAUAAUUGUAGAUUUGCUACGUAAAUCUGGGUUUAACGCGUAAUUCUAAAAUGACAUUGAGUCCUCAAAUAAUCGUCAUUAUAUGUGACAAUCCCACACUAUUUAUGUGGCUAUGCCACUUGUAUAAUGGCAAUUGAUAAUAAUAGUGUAAUGCCACUUAUCAUUACUGUCAAUUUGUUACAAUAAUAUUGUUAUAACAUGCCACACUGUUACUAAUAAUUAAUGACUAAUAAAUAGUUAUUCCUGUCUCAUUUGUAGUUAUUAAAGUCAGUUGAUGUUUUGUAAUUUUGAGUUUAGUUGUGACAUACUCGUUUAGUUUAUGUCCAUAAAAUAUUACCAUUCUUAAGUAACGCCAUUCCUUUAAUUCUGUUAAACUAUUUCUCAUGUUACUUAAGCCAUUAACUUGUUAUUUAUUGAAUGCCACUAAUAUGCCCAUUUGUUGUAAUAGUUGUUUUUCAUUUGUUGAUAUGCCACUAGGAGUCAUGCCAUCUAACUCAUGCCACAUUGUUAUGCCACUUUUGUAAUAAAACGCUAUUGUUAUGAUAAUUACUAAUACAUGUAUCAUGCUUUUUAAAUAUACAAUUCUUAUGUUUGUUGUAUUUUUGAGAAAAAUUAAACUAAAAACAAUAAGAUUUUGCUGCUACGAAUCAGCAAAUAAAAUGUUCAGUCAUUUCUAUUUUCAUAUUCCAUUUAAUUAUAAAAUAGAAAAUCGACUGAUCUUUUCAAUGUAAAUUAUUAAUCAAUUAA